AUGUCAUCGCCAAGAACCGACCUGGCAUCUCAGCUGACAUCAACAUCCGAUCAGAAGAUUGCAUUUCAGUUUGCAUUCUACAAUGCUCUUGUUUUCGUCCUCACCUCGAUAUGCCUGGCUGGUGUAUAUGCAGUUUAUCGAAUAUUCUACAUGUUUCUAACACCAAUAAUGUGGGCUGUUCUAGUUGGAACUAUUCUGUUUCCACUGAAACGAAGAAUUACAUCAGCGAUUGGUGGGUGGUUAACAAAACUGGACAACGAAGAUACACCUCUGGUAAUUGGCCUGAUUCGUUUGCCGUUUGAUACAGUCAACUCUUUGUCCGAUCUAUUGCUUGAUUAUGCUACGAGAGAGUGUAAUUAUGGAUUUUAUGUGAAAAUUCUUCCGUUGAUAAUACUUUAUUUUGCUGCGUAUGCAGGAUGGAUUUACGUACAGGACAAAGAUACGAUCAACAAGAAAUUGGCACGUGUUCUCUCUCUGCCGAUUUGGAUCUACGCGCUAGCAUUCGUCGCCAAUUUCUUUGGUCCACUUCGUAGUGUAGUUUUUGCGGGAGCAUCUGCUGCUCUUGGCUUGAUUGCGGCUGGAAUCAUUUCUGCUGAUGAAGAAACGGAAUCUCAAGAGAGUAGUGGCAUUCAACAAAAAGAAGCGGUUACUGCUCAGUUGAAAUCUGAUGAAGCGAAUCCCAGUGAUACAGCGGGAAGGAUUGAUAAAGCACUGACUGGCGAUUUUUACAUACAGGCAAUAUUUGGUUUAUGUGUAUUGCUGUUCGCGACCCAUCAUGAUAUUGUUAUAAUAUUGGUGACUGUUCUAUUGGCAUAUGCAUUGAUUGGAAAUUUAGGUUAG